AUGGUGGAAGAGGAAUUGACUAGGAGGUGGGAAGGAUUUCACUUAACAGAUGUGGAGAAUGAAGUCUUGGAGCUGGCCAAUGAGGUAGAUAAGGAGGCUAAAUGUCAAGGUAAACAUUUUAUUCUUGCUCUGAUUCUCACGGAGAAAGAAGCCAAUAAAGAAGCUUUCAAGAAUACCAUGUCACAGAUUUGGAGACUGGAUGGAUGGGUUUCCUUUACAGAUAUGGGGGAUCACAAGUUUCUAAUUGAGUUCCAAUUUCAAUUAGACAUGGAGAAAGUUAUUUUAGGAAGGCCUUGGUUUUUUGAUAGAAGCAUUGUGGCUAUUCAAUUAUUUGAUGGAAGCAUUCCUUUCAAUGAGAUUGCAUUUAAUUAUGAACUUUUUUGGGUGCAAAUUCAUAAUCUUCCAUUAAAUAGUAUGAACCAGGAGGUUGGUGGGCAAGUUGGUGCCACCAUUGGUAAGGUUCUGAAAGUUGAUGUGGAUGAGGAAGGAUGGGGAUGGGGCAGGUGUCUGAGAGUUCAGGUUGAAGUGGACUUAUACAAACCUUUGGUUCGAGGCAAGAGGAUUUUAGCAGGGGGCAAGUCUGCUUGGGUUGAUUUUAAGUAUGAGAGGCUGCAGUCCUUUUGUUUUAAAUGUGGUGUUCUGAAACAUAAGGGAAGGAGUUGUUCUGGGCAGUCUUCUGACAUCAAAUUUCAAUAUGGACCUUGGCUAAGAGCUCAACCAAUGCACUCUAAUAUCUUUGAUGCCAAGAAAUAUGGUGGUAGGCACAAUUUAGAUCACCGGAAUUAG